AAUUUUUUUUUUUUUUUAAGACGAGCUAUUCGCCAAAAAACUGAUCCUUCGUUAUCCGAGUUGAGCAAUGAACAAAAUGAGAAAAUUUAUCCGAAUCAGUUAAGACGUUCAUCAAGUAUGCCAAGCAUUCACGCUCUAACUACAAAGCCUUCAAUGAGGCAUUAUUGUUACGACUCGAAAUUGAAUAAGCUUCAAAAGAAAUCAUUGCGCUUCACUUGGAAUCGCUUACAAACGAGAAAUGGUGGGAAAAAGAUCGAAAAUGUCUUUGAAGAGAUAUAUGAACGCUUACUUAAGCAACAAACGGUUCUUCGUGAUAUGUUUACCACUAGAACAUUUUUAUCAGCAAUGUCACGAAGCGAAACGGCAAGUCCUAGGGAUCAUGCCAAGGAAACUGUAAAAAUGAUCGACAUUGUUAUCAAAAAUUUAGAUGUUGUUGAUAGCAAAAGAAGUGACACUGGCAGUCUUUAUGACCCUUUUUUAAUAGGAAAAAUACAUUGUCAUUUACGUCCUUAUGGUCUAAAUGGCAAUUAUUGGGAGAAAUUAGGUGAAACAAUAAUUGAUAUACUACUUGCACAAGAAGCUGUUAGAGAUUUACCAGGUGCAGGACAAGCAUGGGUUGUACUUACAGCAUGCCUUGUCGAUCAACUUCGAGCAGGAUUUGAAGAAGCUAGGUACAGUUCAAACACUAAUUGUUCUUCACUCUUUGCUGAUUCCGAAGGAAAUAGUGAUGAAAAGGUAUGA